AUGAUCAAAGGCAACACGGAGUUGGAGCUUACGGCAUCUGCCUGCUUCAUUGUUCAGUCAGCAGGGGAAGGGCAGUUCAAGCAGAAAGAUGAUCGAACCAAGCUGGUUCAAGUGCUUCAGCAAGCCUUGCAGCGGAAGUUGAGGCUGCUUAUGAUGGCCGAAGAUCUGGUUGGGUACCGUGUGCACCUCAACUUGCAAGGCAUCCAUCUAAGAGGCUUCCCGGCCCAAGCAACAGACGACCUAGUUCCAGGAUUCGCGCCGGAUAGCUUUGAGCAGGACGCUUGCACAUUGUCUGCACAGAGAUUCCUCUACCAGAACGGAUUCGCAACGGUACAUGAAGUUGAUGCCGGCGGAUGGUCCCCGGGGCACUAUGCCGCUCUGCGUGGGGACCCGUUGGUGUUGCAGGGCCUGCUCCAACUCCGGGCAGAAAUAAACCGAUGGACACGAAAAGAUCAGCCCUUGGCAGGGGCAACGGUAGGAACCACGAUGCUUGGCUUGGCCGGUUUCCUUAAGCACCACCAGCUCAUUCGCCUGCUGAUCUCUGCCAGGGCCACAACGGAUUUCGGCUUGCACCCGGACAUGGCAGGGCCUGCUUGUGCAAAUGAUCCGGAAGGAAUCCUUUGCAGGGCCGGCAGUCGGCCAUUCAAGAAGAACCUGAUGGGGGACUCCGCCUUGGAGUAUGCAGCUACCUGGGGGUCACUCGAAGCGCUGGAGGAGCUCGUCCUGCAAGCAGGCUUGACCGUCGCUGGGCGCAUGUUGUUUGCCGCGAAGUCUUUACAACACCGAUUCGGCAGAAGUACUUUAAUGAGUCGAUGGGCAUACCAUCGAGGCAAUCAGACGCCUUUAAUGGCAGCUGUCAUGUCGCGCCAGUAUGAAGGUGCUGCAGCACUCAUUGCUGCGGGCGCGCGGCUGGAUUUGCGCAACUCGCGCAACUGGACGGCGGCUGAUUUUGCAUCAGGGCAAUCGGUGCCAGAAUUCUUAAUGCAGGCCUUUGAAGGGCAGUUGGAAGGCUGCCAGAGAGUGGCAGCACUUGCACUGGCCAAUGCACGUGUCGAGGCAUUUGGGUCCACCGCUGGAGUGUGUCACGGCGGAUUGAAUGCUCAGAGGCAGGCUGUUCUCAAAUUCUUGCCAGCCCGAGACUCAUUGCUUUUCGGCUCGAGAUCGGAUCUCGUCAGCUGUUCAUCUGUCUGUCCUUCUUCUUCCGCGGUCACCGCCGCCAUGGAUGCAACUCAGCGCAGGUCCUACAGAAAGUUUCUGCAGAUCCUGCACGAGAAGCCCAUGGUGGCAGACUUCAUGUGCCCUAUCGGAGGGCGCCCCAUGACGGACCCUGUUGUGGCAGAGGAUGGAUACAGCUAUGAGCGCUCGGCGAUCGAGGCAUGGCUUCAGGAGAAGGAGGUGUCCCCUCAGACGCGAAAUCCCAUGGGCUCUGCGUUGGAAGGCAACAGCGACCUAAAAGAGGCCAUCGACGAGCUGCAGGCAGUUGUGGACAACCCGCCAUCUGAGGAGCUAACGAUUACCUGGAAUGCCCCGGGUCCAACUCCACUGCAGCGCACGCUGGUGAUUUCUCCGCCGGCGGAGACGUCGGAUUCUUCAGAUUGGGAGGCUGUGGAGGUCUUAACGCCGACCAGUCCGGCAAAGGACCAAAGCGGUGUGAGGCAACGGGCAGCGCAGUCCCAGGACAUGUCCUACACCCUGAGCAAGAUUUUCCGAGUGUUGGAUCCGCUGCGGGGGCUCCUCCUCGAAGUUCUGGACGGAUGGACACCACAACGAAUGAUCGUGGUUGGCGACGAGAGUGCGGGCAAGAGUACCAUUCUGGAAAUGUUGGCAAUGCUUCCGAUCUUCCCACGGAAGCGACGCUUCUGCACACGCCUGGCCACACACCUUCGCCUGCGCCGGAAUCCGGACGUCUGCCGGACCACUUUGUCUGUCUACACGGUUACACCUCAGGGUGACGAACUGGAAGGGGAAGCCAUGGUGGUGCCGAAGGAGAACGGCCAUCUCUUCGUGCAGGAGAAGAUGGACCAACUCGUCUCGGAGCUGUCAAAGGGGGAAGAAGGCGCGGGGUCCGGCGGCAUCGUCACAAGGAAGAUCAUCGUCAUCGAAGUCCAGGGCCCCGAAGUCCCGAGCAUUGACUUGGUCGACUUGCCGGGGAUCACCUCCUGGCCGAAAGAGAAAGCAGAGGCUGUGCAGCAGAUUAUGAAGAAGCAGAUUCGCGACGAUGAGAACACGGGCAACAACAACAUGUUCCUGGCGGUCGUCCCGGCCUCCGGAGACGUGAAGCCCAACACGAACAAUGCGAUGAAGUUCAUCAUGGAGAACCAGCUCCAGGACGACCGGACAGUCGGGGUCUUCUCGAAGUGCGACCAGACCAGCCGCAGCGGCUCGGACAUCCUCCGCGCCCUCACCCUGAAUGAGUCGACCAAGGAAGGUGAGUCUGCAGAGAGUUUGGGUCGGAUUGACCUCCAGACCUGGGUGGCGAGCAUGCUCGAGCCCCCGCAGGAGUUCUCCAACAAUUUCGAGCGGCUGGAGCUGCAGAGGAAGAACGAAGUUGAGUUCUUCGAGAAGGCGGAUGAGAACUUCCAGCACGUGUUCCAGCAAGGGCAUGCCGGCAUGCGAGCUCUCAUCGCCAACAUCGAGCGCUCGUACUUGAAACACUUGAACACGACCUGGAAGCCACACGCCAUGCGCAAGGUCCUUCUGAAGGAGAAGGACGUGGACUUCCAGCUUUGCAUGCUGGGCUUGGUCGAGGACGAAACGGCUCGCUCCAGCUUGGCGAAGGAGGAGGUUGAGAGGCGUCUGGGAGUGACCUCGCCAGUGACGAAGUCGGUCUACGAGGACUUCAUCCUGCGCGCCUUGCGCAAAGAUCUCGCUGUGAAAGUUCGGGAGCGACUGCAGCGCUACAGUGGAAGUGGAUUGACUUGCGAGGGCUGCGAGCAGAGGGAGGAGAUGAACUUGCUGGAGAAAGACCUCAUGAAUCUCAUCAGCGGUGCCUGCUUGCAGGGGCUGGUUGGUUGUGGCUUUGCCGGCUUUGAGGCUAGAGGUGCUCUCGAUCAGAUGGAGUCGGGCCUGGUGACACCUCUGCAGAGCUGGCUUUAUGCAAAGAGCGAAGUCGUUCAGAUCCCAAACACUGACUUCGUGAAUGUGUGCACCAAGUUCAGUGACGGCUUCAGCUUGAUGCACUUUGGGAAAGACCUGUCCAAGAAGGAGUUGGUGCAGAAGCUCCACAGCGAGCCGAUUCUACAGCUUUGCAGCUGGGCUUCUAUGGCAGAUGGUUGCGGACUUCCCGUGACCUCGUCGAAAGAUAGCAGUGCAGGCAUGGCAUUGCCAUUACCGAAGCGAGGCAAUUACAGCGGCUACCUGGACGAGAUUAUGUCCAAGUGCAAGCAGAUGCACGUGGAUGCCGGAACCCGGAUCCUGAACAAGGCAGCCCAAUUGGUGGCGAACCUUGUGAACUUGGAUGGAAGCUCCGACCGCAGAAUGGAGGUGCAGUGGGUGGAAGGUUUACGUUACGGGCAGAUUCAGCACGAUAAGCAGACGUUUGCAAGUCCAAAUCUCGAAGCAAUUAAGUGUCUAUGCAGUCAUCCGCCUGCUCUAGAGCACGAGCUAUCCCGGCCGGAGCCAACACGACACGGAUCAUCGCAGCCAUCAGGGUUUUGGAGGAUGAAUUGUGGCUCAGGGUCAGCUGCAUGCGGGGGAGUUUGGAGGUUCGUGGCUUCCGUCAACGAAGCUUUGAGGCUUCGGGUAUCUGGGCACACAUUAUUUGAGAUGUGGGGGUUUACUUUGAGUGUUUUGCUGGAAGUUUCGGCAAGGGUUUCAUUGAAUAAUUGA